CUAUUUUUCCUGCUCACCAAGUUUUUGGGAGAUUGUUGAACCGAUGGCAAUGUGUCUUCGUUAGCAAACCGUGCAUUCAACUAAGUGCAGCUACAGAAAGUUGUGAUUAUCGAAUUAGUGAUUAAAGUUCUUGGUCUCGUGUUUUUGGUUUUAUCGAAGCAAAAUGACUCUGGCCACUCUUGCUUCCGGUGACGUUUUCUUCCAGAAGAUUUUGCAUCGGGGACUGCAAGAUCAAACGAUUCAGGAUGUAAUGCUUGUAGAAAAAAAGCCAGCGGUUAAUAAAGGAGAAAAUUACUUGAGUGAAUUGACAAGAUUUACACUGAAAUACAGGUGCAAUGUGCCAAAAGGACAUUCUGGUGAAAAAGUGGACAGGGUAGUCCAUCUAAUUAUAAAGGAAGAGCCGAAUGUCAGCCCAGAGACUUUGGAACUUAUUCGUAAAACGAAUAUUUUUAAUACUGAGCGAGUAAUGUUGGAGGAGGUUGUCCCGAGAAUUGAAGAGCUUAUUGGGAGAAGACUGGGCCCCAAGGUUUAUUACUCUUCAAUUGAUCCACAGAUUAUUGUUAUGGAGGAUCUGGUUGCCUGUGGCUUCAAAAACAAAAAUCGUAAAGUGGGAUUGAACGAAGAACAAGCUUUCCUGGUCUUGGAAUAUAUGGCGGAUUUCCAUGCCGCAUCGAUUCUGUUGGAUCAGCAGGAUCCUCAGUUUGUAUCCCGCUUCAGAAAUGGACUGAUCAACGAUAUUACCUCCCAAAAUUUCUUCAGUUAUCUAUCAAAAGGAGUAGAGAUUAUUGCCGAUCAAGUUUCUGCCUGGCCAGAUAAGCAAUUCGUUUUGAUAGCGGAGAAACUUCGGAAAAGGUCGAAGGAUUUAAGCCAAAAGCUUAAAGAAAUUUAUCAAUGCGACGAGGACGAACUGAGAGUUUUGAAUCAUGGAGACAUGUGGAUUAACAACAUUAUGAUCCGUGAUGAUGAGAAUGGACAACCGGAAGAGGUUCGCUUUAUUGACUAUCAGCUUCCCGUCUGGACGAGUCCCGCUAUCGACCUUCUGUACUUCCUCAGUAUCACCCCUGAGCGAAAUCUAAAGAUGACGAACGAUGACGUCUUUCUGGAAAAAUACUUGACUCGUUUGACGAGCGCAAUGAAGAAGUUGGGAUUCUUUAAGGAUCCCCCCACCAUACGACAGUUGAAAAAAUCCAUGCACAAACGUCGAGCAUUUGUACUCCUGGCGGCUCUCGUUUUUUGGCCAAAAAUGUUAGCAGAGGAAGAGGACGUUAAGCCUAUCGACGACAUGAUACAAAAUGCCGGGGAGAUCGGAGUGAAUCCUCUGAAAUAUCCACACGCGAAAGAAGUGAUGGAAAAGAUCCUCCCAAUACUUAACGAGCGAGGCUACUUGGACUAAAGUACUUCUACGACCAAGACUUUGUUUCGGUCUCAACAUUUCAACCAACUAGGAAGCGAGCUCGGAUUCUGAGUCUCAGGAAUUCUCGCACAUGAGUCAACGAACGUGCUUGAACUAAACUGAUUUCCCAACAAAUUCCCGAGUCGAAUAAUUGGACCUGACAAGUUCUACUUAGGUCUUUCCGUUCAGAACUGGAUAGGUCCUGGGAAGCCUCUUCGGAGGAAAAAUAAAGGAUCCUCAGCCGCCAGUGCAAUUACCAGCCGAGCCGAAGGCGAGGUGAAAAACAAUCGGGUGCUCGCACUCGUUGCGGCUCUCGUUACGUGGCCAAUAUUUUUGAAAGAUGAAGAGGAGUUGAGACUAUUGAAGAACUUAGACAUAACUCCGGAGGAUCCAAAGCAGAUCCUCUCAGAUAUCCGCACGGUAAAAAAGUCAUGGAAAAGAUCCUUCCAAUACUUGACGAACGAGACUACUUGGAUUAGAUUAUUUCUGUGAUCGUGAUUUGGUCAGGUCUGAACAUUCUACCCGACUUCGAGUGGAACUCGGGAUUACUUGCAUAGGAGUCAAUAAAUGUAUUAACUGUAUAAAGAAUGCAUGUUUGGACCGAAGAUACACAUGUUCUCCCUGUAACUAAUAAAAAAAGUUAGUUGUUGAAAUUCACCAACUAAUUGUUGAAAAGUGGAUUACCAAUCUGUUACUGAAUUUUAACAGCUAGUUGUUGCAUUUCACCAAUUAUUUGAUGAAAUUUAACUACUAAAUAAUUAAAAUAUUGAAAAGA